ACAAAAAUUGGUUGCGGCAGAGGGAAAGGUUUAGAUCAGCCAUGACCAUGAGAACUCACUCUCUUCUCCUUCUUCCGCAUGCAACCAUAACAGUAACAUUAACAUUUCUCAUUCUCCUCUCCUUAUCUAUUCCCACCCAAUCUGAGGUUAUAACGUUAACUUCUGACACAUUUACUGAUAAGGUCAAGGAGAAAGACACUGCAUGGUUUGUGAAAUUCUGCGUGCCCUGGUGCAAGCAUUGUAAGAACUUGGGUUCACUGUGGGAUGAUUUGGGGAAGGCAAUUGAAGGAGAAGAUGAAAUAGAGGUUGGAGAAGUGGAUUGUGGCACGGAUAAGUCAGUCUGCAGCAAAGUUGAUAUUCAUUCAUAUCCUACCUUUAAGGUUUUCUAUGAUGGUGAAGAGGUUGCCAGAUAUCAAGGUUCAAGGGAUGUCGAAUCAAUGAAAACCUUUGUUGUGGAAGAAGCUGAAAAGGCAGCAGCAAAAGCACAACUUGACAGCGAUAAAGAAUUAUAACAACUUUUCAGUCAUUAUCUGAUUUGCAACUAGCUCUUCACUGCAGGCAGUGCACAUCCCAGACUAGUAAUUACCUUUGGGUUCAGGCUGAGACAUGCAUUCUGCACCGUUACUGAUCAGCAUUUGUUUGUUUGACUUAGCAGUUGUGAAUUAAGAACUAAUUUUGUACACUACUACAUUUUGUUUCUUUUAUACUCUACAAAACUGUUUUUUAUUUUUGGUUUAAGUAUACUCUGCAUAAUUGAUAGGGGCUUGGCAACGUUAAAGCUUCAAUACAAUGAUCUGUGAUCUUUAAU